CCUCCAUUUGAUUGUCGUACCGAUAAUCGGCAGCCGAUUAAUGUUUCAUUGGUUUAAGAAGUAGAGAACCGACACUACCGACAAAUAUCUGAAAAUGUUCCACCAAGAUGUCCUCACCCACAUCCUUCUACACCUCCCCGUCAGGUCUCUCCUCCGCUUCAAAUGCGUCUCUAAGCAGUGGCUCUCUGUUAUCUCCAGCCCCCAGUUCCACCACCGCCGCAGCCGUCUCGCCUCCUCCGGCAUCAUCUUGUGUCAAACAACCGAUCUCAUUCACCACAUAUCCCUCGCCAGAAGCAACUCCGACCCACCCUUCACAUCCCUGAGCUUCAUCGACGACUCGGCAGGUGUCAAGAUCCUCCAGUCCAGCAAUGGCCUGCUCUUGUGCUGCAGCAGCCUUCACAAAGUUGGUAUACGCCGCAGCUAUUACAUCUGCAAUCCUUCCACAAAGCAAGUCUCGACUCUUCCUGAAGCAGAUUGCGAGUCCAAAACUAUUUCUGGAGUUUACUUAGCUUUUGAUUCGUCCAAGUCGCCUCACUACCAAGUUGUGUCUGUUCGAAGUUGUUCUUCCCCAUCGUCAUCCAAUAGCUACCGCAUCGUUACUUACUCUUCCGAGACUCGGGCUUGGAGGCUUUCCGGGUCUCCUUUCGCUGCCCCAGACCUGGUGUUUGACAAUGGAGUGCUUUGGAAUGGUGCAAUACACUGGAUUAGUCCAACUGGGGAUUCAUUAUGUUUUGACAUCGAUCAAGAACGCCUCGGAAUAUUGCCUAGUCUUCCAUCAACUGAUAAAUGGAGCAACAGGAGGUUGAGGUAUUUCGGCGAGUCCGGUGGCCAUUUACACCUAAUUGAAGUCUACGGCGCGACUCAAUUCCAUGUCUUUGAGAUGGAGAGAGACUACUCUAGCUGGCUUCCAAAGUACCAAGUUGACAUAGCAGCGAUUGUUGAUGCAUUUCCACUGAUGGUUUGGAACUACCCUAACGCUAAUGAUUCUGUUUUUUAUGCAUUUAAUCUGCUACUUGUCAAAGAAGAUGAAGAGGACUUAAUUCUGUUGUUGCAAGUACCUGGGGAGUUUCUAUCAUAUAAUCUUGGGAAUGGGACCUUCAAGAAGCUUGGUCCAAUAUCCACCACAACAAAUAUUGCAUUUCAGAUUGGAUGUUUCCAUGCAUAUCAGUUUACAGAAACUUUGGCUAGUGUUUGAUCUGUCACAUCCACAUUGUCGUUACAUAUUCUGCACUUACUAGGUAGGGGUUAAGAAGACAAACCUUACAGGUGUCUGCGCUUUAGCUAAGGACAACCAUGGAGCCCUAGUCGAUGGUUCUACGCGAGUUUGUUUGUCUGGCUCCUUCCUGUAGGUUGAAGCUAGAGCUGCUUUGGAAGCUGUAGAACUGACGAAGCGCGUUCCUCAUGUCCCAAUCCUCCUUGAGUCUGAGUCAAGGUCUUUAGUGGACUCCCAUCAUCAAUAAAUCAAGCACUUGCCAUUGGAAAAAUUGCUCCAGUUACCUCAAAAAUCAAUAAUGAUUUUACCUUGCAUCAACAGUCUGCUUGGUUUUGGAUCCCCAGAGAAGCGAAUUCGGCUGCCCACUUGGUGGCCUCGCUAGUUGUGAGGAAGAAGUGCUCGGAGGUCUGGAUUCGUCGUCCACCUUCUUCCCUUGUUUUUGUUCUCUCUCGAGAUGGUUUGCUAUGCUCCCCGCCUUCUAGCUCGGAUUUUGGGUGCCCAUGACUCAGCCGAAGUCCUGAUUGCCAUAAUUUUCACCGGCGACUCCAUUUCGGGGAGCUCUGUUUCUUAGUUUGGCUGAGUUCAUGCUUCUGUCGCUGGAUUUCUUCAUCUCCAGACUCCAGUUUUCUGUUUUUUUCUUUUCUUUUUUCUUUUUUGGUUCCCUUGUCUUCUGUUUGGGCUUGACUUGGUAACUUUGCAGGUUGGGCUUUGCUUAUGGCUUGGCCUAUUGUUUAUAUUUCUAGCCUUGGACUGCUUAUGAAUUAUCA